AGGAGCUGAUAAUAGAUAUAUUAUAUAACGCGUAUGCUCCACAGCUCAGCUGCCACAAACAAUGGGCUGCUGUGUCUAGAACUAGAUCUGGAAGUCGCGGAAUUUCCCUCCAUCUGCUGGUGACGUCAGAGCUCUAUCUGUCCAGAUCUGUCACCCUCACAAGGCGGGAGCCACACAGCUGGAAGUGGUAAAGAUGGCGGCAGCUUGUAGCUCUCCUGUGUCGGAGGGAGGGAGUGGUGGCGCGGGGAUAGAGUGCUCUCCCCUCUACCUCUCCCGUCUGCUGGGUACGGAGCGGCAGGAUCAAGGUUGCUCCUGACGAGACCCAGCUCAUUGUCUACUUGAACGGAGGGCCUGGGAACUCGGCGAUGAUUGGUCUAUUUGAGGAGAUCGGACCAAUCACAGUUGACAAGAAUGGUGAACUUGUUGAACGUGUGACGUCAUGGGUGGACCACUACUCGGUGAUCUUUGUGGAUAACCCCAUUGGCGUUGGCUUCAGCUACUCCGGAGGAGGUGGAGAGUCCAAGCGAAACUGUGACAUCGCAAACAACUUGUACAG